AUGACCCACGAGCCUUUAAAUGGAUCCUGCUCAUGUGGCCGUAAUGAAUACACCAUCCAGAUUCCUGAUGAUGUGGCGGAUCACGCUCAGAUCUAUUUCGAUACUGGUCGAGACAGUCGUCAAUUCCUCGCAUCCUGGCUGCGGGUCCCUCUAGAGUGGUAUCAGUCUCACACGCUAUCAUUCUUCCCAGACGAGACUCACACUUCGAUUCGUCGCGUAUUCACGCCCCGUCAUGCGCCACAGACGCGUCGUAUCUUUUGCGGGUUCUGCGGGACACCCUUGACCUUCUGGACGGAGGAGCCAAAAGAGGAAGCCAAUUUCAUGUCCGUCUCAAUUGGGAGUUUGUCUCGUGAGCACCAACGUGUCCUGGAAGAUCUCGGUCUGCUUCCGGAGGAAUCUGGCGAAGAAAAGUCCGUGUCCGGACUGGUGAAAUCCUCAGCUUCGGCACAAGGAUCUGAUAUUCGACCAUAUGCAAUUGUGGUUCCGUCUAUUCAGGAAUAUGAUAUCUCUCGAACUUUCCACCAAGGCACUGUCGGUGGCAUACCGUGGUUCGAGGAGAUGGUGGAAGGGAGCCGGCUAGGCCGUUUAAUGCGUCAACGACGUGGAAUGGGUGUUAGCCACGACCAAUCGACCAGUAUCGAAUGGGAGAUCAGCGAAUGGCAGGAUGAGGGUUCUGGCGGACUCGGGCAGGAUAGUGAAGAUUCCAAUGGGCAGGCUACGGGGAAGAGAAAGCGAGAGCGUCACGUAGACGUGCAGUCCUCGCCAAAACGGGCAUGA